AUGAAAGUUAACUGUAAUGAACAGAACUUUGUUUUACCACCACUUAACAUUGAGGAAAAAAAAAGUGAAUAUUAUUUUGACAAACAACCCAUUAAAGUUAAUAAAAAUUCAGGCUUUUAUUUAAAGAAUGCUUCAAAAAUUAUGAGUGAAUAUUUAUUACCUGAUCUUAGAAUGUUUGUUCCUCAAAAUUGUUAUGAUGGGAUUUCGUAUACAGAUAUUCAUUCAAAUUUAGGAGAAAAUUAUUGCAUUAAAUCAGACAAUAAAGUUAAUGCCGUUGGGAAUUUGGUUACAGUUGAUAGAUUGGCAAAACAAAUUAACAAUUUGUCAAAUGGAUUUCAUUGCCCAAUUAUAAGAAAUGGUGAAUUAUUUUUUGUAUUAGAAGAUGAUGAUGUUAUGACGGCUAUUGAUAUUGAUGCUAAAAUUCCAAUAAAAGAAUUUGAAGCUUAA